AGUUUGAUUUGUCUAUGAACAGACAGUUAAGAAAAAAGAAAAGUGGAAAAAAGGUGAGACGUGAGCAUUUUAAAAAAAUUCAACGUUUUUUACUCACUGUGCUAAGAAUUUGUACAUAAUCGGAGAAAUUAAAAUAGUGUACAUUGUGUUUUAAAAGGAUAAAAAAGCAAAGAAAAUGGCAGUGAAUGUGUAUUCCACCAAUGUGACGUCGGAGAAUCUAUCUCGGCAUGAUAUGCUGGCGUGGGUGAAUGACUGCCUCCAGUCUAACUUCAACAAAAUCGAGGAGCUGUGCACCGGCGCGGCCUACUGCCAGUUUAUGGACAUGCUUUUCCCGGGCAGUGUGCCCAUGAAGCGCAUCAAAUUCAAGACAAACUUGGAACAUGAAUAUAUACAAAAUUUCAAAAUAUUACAGGCAGGAUUCAAAAAGAUGGGUGUUGACAAGAUAGUAGCCAUUGACAGGCUGGUGAAGGGUCGUUUUCAAGAUAACUUUGAGUUUUUGCAAUGGUUCAAGAAAUUCUAUGAUGCCAACUAUGGAGACGCGGCGAUGAAUUAUGACCCGGUGGCGCAGCGCGAGGGGCUGCCCAUGGGGCACGGGAGCGCCACGGGCCCGGUGCAGCGCACCGCCGCCGCUGCCACUAGGAAACCCGCCGCGCCCGUCGCUAAAGUGCCAGCUAGACCCCAAACCAUUGGCAAGGCUAACAGCACAGUGAGAUCUCCCCCAGUCAACCUACAGAGGUUAAAUCAAAGUGCGAAAGGAGAUACUAAGCUUAUAGAUGAGCUUAACCAUCAGGUUCGUAUCAAUGAACUAAAAGCAACAGUUGAUGGCCUCGAAAAGGAGAGGGAUUUCUACUUUGGAAAACUCCGGGAUAUAGAGGUGAUCUGCCAGGAAAUGGAGGAGCAACAAAAUGCUCCCAUCAUCCAGAAGAUUUUGGACAUUUUAUACGCAACUGAGGAUGGAUUUGCGCCGCCCGAGGAGGUAGACGGUGACCACGCGCAUCCACCCGAGGACGACGAGUACUGAACACAUUAUAUCUUGUACGCGUAUCAAAGUGCUCCUUGUAUAUUAAACUCGAAAUUAUAUCGCUUACAAUCAUCAACAGUAACGAGUGCUUAGUAUUUCACAGCCAAUGAGUCGUAACUGUUAUGUAUAGGUUAGACCUGUGGAAACAGUGGCCCGAAAAUGAUGUUCACCUUACGAAAUGAACAGUAAAGAAAAAUUUCGCAUAGUAUGUAUGUUGGAUAUUGUUACUGUUUCUUUCGAUUUCUCUCUACUGACAUUUUCUACAUGACAUUAUUUUUAACAUUUUGAUUUUAGUUUACACAUUUCUAAACUAGCUUUCUGUUUUCUACUAAAACGCCGUGGCUGUGUUAUUCUAAGUACAUUCCUACUCGCAAUUGCAACUCGUUUUCCUGACGAUUUCAAUCUAAUUCUGUAUUUUGAAAGUAAACCAUUCAUAUAUAUAUUUUUAAGUAUGAUCGACUGUACUAGAUUGUUUGUAAUUUGGUAUAUAUCGUGCAAUGUGUAGCAAGAUCGCUAUUCCUAGCUUUGUCUUGUUAACAUUUUUGGGCCACUGCUGCCUAAAAUAACGUGCAUUUAAUAGGUUGUUAAAUUGUGGAAGAGAUUUACUGUUACUUGUUUAAUUCUGUUACAUCAGGAUUGGCUGUAAUAUAAUUAAACUUUCAGAUCUUUAUUUGGUAGCACAGUCUACGAUUCCAAUGUAUUAUCAUGUCGUUUUUUAUGUAAAUCACAAUGUACCAUACACGAAAUUUAGAUCUGAACUGAUUAUGCCUUUGUACAUACAAUGUCUUUAACAGUGCUCCAUAUUCUGUCAUAUUUUUGUGGUAUUAUAUAAUCCGUUCCGUAUUAACGUGUAAAUUUAUUAUGUAGUAAUAUUUACAUGAACAUUUUAGGUUUAAUUAGAUACAAGACUUGACAUUUUAUUUUGCACUAAACAAACUAGAUCGUAUAGGUACUAAUGAUCGGACUAUUGUUUUAAUGUUUUAUAUAAGGGCGGUACCUCGCACGCGGGACAUAACGACUUAUUGGCAGAGGUUAUUCGCUAAAUAAGAUAAAUACAUUCAUAGAUAAUUAAUUUAUUUACUUUAGAAUUCAUAAUUGCUUUAACAGCAGAUAUUAAUUGCCUGUUUUUCAGAUUGUGAAUGUCUUAUCAAAUAAAAUAACUUUAUUA